AAAAAGACACAUUCACCUGUGCUACUAAUUCAUUAUAAAGAAAAACCGACAAAUUAAUUUCUCCCACGUUUCCCUCCACAAAACACCUACUCUUAGAGAGCAAUUGUGGUGGACGCUUACUAACCCUGAGUGGCGCGCUUGAACCUCGAAUUGCGCCGCGAAAAAGGAAAAGCAACAUCACGACUAACCGCCAACGGCGCCAAGUUGCUUCCGAGCCGAACUGACGGAACCUACCCCCGAAUCGAAGAGUUACAUCGUCACCGCCAGAAGAAGUCAUUGCAAACUUGCAAGAUCACCCUCAUCAUUUUGCAAUGUCGCCUACAACCUCUGUCCCGCCGGCCUUACCACCCUCGGUUGAGGAGGCAUACCGCAGAAAAUGCCUCCAGCUUAAGCAGCGCACCACCGAGGUUGAGGAGGCCAACGACGCAGCAAGACUACGUCUCAAUCGACUCAAGCGGCAGGUCGAAAAGAUGAGAUUGGAGCGGGCAUUCCUCCUCGAGCAGAUUGCCCGUCGAACCAGCACCAAUGUCGAGGACUCGGAGGGUAGCCCCAGCCCUCCGCCAACACCCAAGGAAAAGCCCCUGCGGAUCAAGCGGGGGCACAGGAAGGCGUCGCUUCUCCCUAAUGCCGACACGCCGCCUAUUGCGAACUCCUCCCUCGGCAACACCCAGAACCCGCAGACCCAGUCGCCCAGCUCGGACGCCUUCUCCCACUCCCACGCCGACGCGAGCCAGUCCCAGGCCCAGAAGGGCGCCGGCGCAGCCACUACUAACGGCACGGCGGCCAAACCGCCCGCGAAGCCCCUCAACGGCUUCGAGCUCUACUGCACCGACGCCCGCCCGGCCCUGCUGAAGGAGCGCGAGAAGCUAGCCGCGGCCGCGGCCGCCGAGGACGACGGCGACAACGACAAAAACAACAAGGAGGAGGAGGCCGCCGCCAGCUCCACCGGCGGCGGCGCCAACGUCAGCGUCGAGGAGGAGCUGGCCCGCAGCUGGAGGGACCUGCCCGAGUCCCAGAGGGAGGAGUUCCAGGCACGCUACGAGCGCGAGUUGGCCGCGGGCCGGGGCAAGGCGGAGGAGGAGCGGGGCGGUAGCGCCGAUGGCGGGGACCGUAACGGGGACGGCGGCGAUGGGGAGGGCGAGGGCGAGGGCGAGGGCGAAGAAGAGGAAGAGGCCUUGCUGUCCAUCAACGCGGUUGGGAAGCCGGCGGAUGAGAGCACUACCGCGGAGGAUAAGGAUACCCCGCGGCCGCAGGACGAGGACGUUGAUAUGGUGAACUACGACACGGACCAGGAGACGCAGGCUGAAAAGCAGGAGGAUUGAUCACCUUACCGCGUGUAUCUGUCGUCACUGUUUACCGGGAGUGGAGGAGGUGAGGGCCGACCGAGGGCUACACUGCUUUACAGUGGCUCGCUUUUCCUUGUGUUAUUUUUUUUGGUCUGGAGUUUCGGUGAGUUUGUAUACGGGUCUCCUAAGGCGCUGGAAGGAUGGGGAACCAAAACGAGUAGUUCUUAAUGGAGUCUUUGGAAGCCAGGCAACAAGUCAAGCUGGGAGCUUUAUGUGAUAUCGGUUUAUAAUACUUGCUGCGGAUACCUUUUUGGCCGCGAAGCACCUUAUCUAGCUAUGCAAUGGCUCGUCAUGGUACUCCCUAAUGUACAGACAGGCUGGAGCGCCCCAGAACGAAGAAGGGAUUUCCUCCAA